AAUGCCCUCUUGUUGUGCAUACAAUUGUAAGAAUCGUUCUGAUUCUGCGAAACCAGGCUUAUCUUUUCAUAGGUUUCCUUUUAAAGAUCCCAAAAGGCUGAAAGAGUGGGUCCGUCAGACAAAAUGGAAAAACUGGUCCCCUACCCUGGCAUCUGCUCUCUGCUCUGAACACUUUGAGGAGAAAUAUUUGGAGCGAGGGGGAAAUGUAACACGCCUAAAGCACACUGCUGUACCAACAAUAUUUAACUUUCCUAAACAUCUGCAGAAGUUUCCUGAGGAAAUAUUACCCAGUCCAGAGAGCAGUGUCUUAUAUGAGGAGUCAGAAGAGGAACGACCCCCGAUGAAGCCUGCUGAGGAGAUUGACUGGGGCAGGAUUUCAUUUCAUCCCAGUCUUUUCCAUGAUGAUUACUGCUUGCCAAAGAGCAUUCAGUGGGUAAAGGAGGAUGAACAAAAUGGAGGUGUGGGAAAGAUUGAAAAUCUACGUACACAAGGAUUACUUUUUAUUCCAAAGCGUUCAAUUAAGGUUAAAGGCCGGUGGCAGUGGUUGGGAGUUGAGGUGAAAGGCCCUCUCUCGUUGACCCACAGUGGAAACAAGUUUGUUUUAUCAGUCUUGGACUACUACUCAAGAUGGGUGGAGACUUACCCAAUGAAAACAUGCAACAGUGAAGAAAUUGCCCAAAACAUUCACGAUCUUGUUACCCGCUGUGGCUACCCUUACGGAUUCCUCUCCCGCGUCAGCCCCAGGUUCCUCAGAGAGAUCAAUAGUUCCUUGAGUAAGCUUGUGCAGUUGGAGAAUACCUCUUUUGUAAACUUCCAUCCUCAAGCCAUCUCCCUGGACCAAGUGACCAGCUCCCUAAUCGACAGGAUGGUGUUUAACUUGGCCAAAGAGCAUCCAGACAGUUGGGACUUGUGUCUUCCUGCAAGCAGCGGCCUCUCACCUUAA